AUUCCUGAAAUCAGGAUUUCCUUGACCAUUUCUAGUUUAGGUUAAGCUUCCACAAUGAUUUAUUAUUCCCAUUACAUUUUAUAGCUUCAUCUCCAGCUCACCAAUGUUUUAAAAUGUAGUUGAUAUGUACAUUUGGUUUGAGAGGGAAGAUUACAUAGAAACAAUCAUGUUUCUCUCUGUGUGUCCCUUUCUCUCUGUCUGCUAUCUUUUCCUCCCUCCCUCUUCUCUUCCUCUCUGUCUCUUUGUCUCUGUUUUUCUUUGUCUCUUUCUGUUUCUCUGUCUCUCUCUCCCUCUCUGUUUCUCUCUGUCUCUCUAUUUCUGUCUUUCUCUUUCCCUCCCUCUCUCCUCUCUCCCUCUCUGUCUGUCUCUGUUUUUCUCUUCCCCCCUUCUCCCCCCCUCACUGUUCUGGAAGGGAGGAAUGUGAUAGUCUUCCUCCUCUCUUUUGGUACCCUUCCCCUUUCCAUUCUUGUGCUGGGUGUAGUAGGAUGUCCUUGGUUUAAAGAAGAUAUUACUGCUUUAGGACAUGGAGUGUGUGCUUGUGUGUAUAAGAUACAAUUUGCAUAAGAGACACAUACAGAAAAACAGAAAGAGACGGUCCUUAAGAAGUCUCUGAACCAACUAGAUAAAGGUCACCUACAGGAUAAGGAAAACAUAGGAGAAGGAACUAGCUGAGAGCUUUGAUUGGGAACUACAAGAGGAAUGUUUCCAAACCUCACGAAGUACCAUUUGAUGGCAGAAGUAAAACACCUACCGGGGUCUGGUGGACUAUUAUCUAGAGAAAAUGGGAGGCAGCAUCCUAGCAACCAACUAAUUUACCCCUUGUCCACGCUUCCAGCUAGUCUCUCCUCCCUCCCAGCAAAACACAAGAGGCCAAGUGGCUCUCGGCUGUGUAGGCGGGACCCAGUUCUUCAGUUGCCCCAGGAAGCUCGGGGGCUGCAAGUGAUGGGAGGGGAGGGGAGGAAAGGGGAGGGCCUCAAUCAGCUCUGUCUGAGGCUGUGCUGGCCCUUUAAGAGGGCUCGCCCUGUGCCGCGCUGCCAGGGUCUGCCUCUCUACGAGUGGCUGCGGAGGCUCCAAUAAGCGUCCCAGCGCCUCCCCGCCAGGCCCUGGGCCACAAAUCUUAGUCUUCUGCACUUGACAGCGAUUGUAUAUAAAGCUCCCAGAGCGCGCGCUGCUCCGGGAGACACAGGUAGGAGUUGGGGGGAGCACAGUGUGCGCUCAUUGCUUAGGGAGCAUUUUAAUCCCUCUCUUCCUUUACAAGCCCCGAAGCUGUUGUUCCUCCAGCUGGGUGCAGCCGUACCACCCCAAGAGCAGGGGAGCUCUCCUUUCUGGGACCCCUUCUGUGCAUAGCCCCCGGCGCCAUGCUCUUGUUAGGCAUCCUUGCCCUGGCCCUCGCAGGGGCCCCCGCUCGCGGUACGGACCCAGAACAGGAGAUUGUGGUUCCCAUCCGGCUGGACCCGGACAUCAACGGGCGCCACUAUUACCGGCGGGGUCCCGAGGACUCCGGGGAACAGAGACUCAUCUUCCAGAUCACCGCCUUCCAGGAGGACUUCUACUUACACCUGGCUCCUGAUGCCCAGUUUCUAGCGCCCGCGUUUGCCACUGAGCAUCUGGGUGUCUUCCAGGCCGGAGUGUCUGGGGACUCUCCCGACCUCCGCCGCUGCUUCUACUCAGGGGAUGUGAAUGCCGAGCGAGACUCUUUUGCAGCUCUAAGCUUAUGCGGGGGUCUUCGUGGUGCUUUUGGCUAUAGGGGCGCAGAGUAUGUCAUUAGUCCUCUGCCCAACGUCAGCGCGCCUGAAGCGCAGCGCAACAGCCAAGGUGCACAUCUUCUCCAGCGCCGGGGCGCCCCUGGCCGAACACCAGGGGAUCCUACCUCCCGCUGCGGGGUGGCCUCGGGCUGGAAUCCAGCCAUUCUGCGUGCUCUGGACCCCUAUAAAUCCCUUCGGUCAGGCUCGGGUGAGAGCCGGCCACCCCGAAGAGCAGGGCGGGCCAAACGUUUUGUGUCCAUUCCGCGCUACGUGGAAACACUAGUCGUGGCUGAUGAGUCGAUGGUGAAGUUCCACGGUGCGGACCUAGAACAUUACUUACUGACGCUGCUGGCCACUGCCGCGCGCCUCUACCGCCAUCCCAGCAUCCUCAACCCCAUCAACAUAGCAGUGGUCAAGGUGUUGGUCCUCGCUGACAGAGACAAGGGGCCCAAGGUCACAGGCAACGCGGCGAUGACCUUGCGCAACUUUUGCGCUUGGCAGAAGAAACUCAAUAAAGUAAGCGAUAAGCACCCCGAAUACUGGGAUACAGCCAUCCUCUUCACCCGGCAGGAUCUGUGUGGUGCUACCACUUGUGAUACCCUGGGAAUGGCUGAUGUGGGCACCAUGUGUGACCCCAAGAGAAGCUGCUCUGUCAUCGAGGAUGAUGGGCUCCCAUCGGCCUUCACUACUGCCCAUGAGCUGGGUCACGUAUUCAACAUGCCCCAUGACAAUGUGAAGGUGUGUGAGGAGGUGUUUGGGAAGCUCCGGGCAAACCACAUGAUGUCCCCUACCUUGAUCCAGAUCGACCGCGCCAACCCGUGGUCAGCCUGCAGUGCCGCCAUCAUCACUGACUUCCUGGACAGUGGGCACGGUGACUGCCUUUUGGACCAGCCCAGCAAGCCCAUUUCACUGCCUGAGGAUCUCCCAGGAUCCAGCUACACCCUGAACCAGCAGUGCGAGCUAGCCUUCGGUGUGGGCUCCAAGCCCUGCCCCUACAUGCAGUACUGUACCAAGCUGUGGUGCACGGGCAAGGCAAAGGGCCAGAUGGUGUGCCAGACCCGCCACUUCCCCUGGGCAGAUGGCACUGGGUGUGGAGAAGGCAAGUUCUGCCUGAAGGGGGCUUGUGUGGAGAGACAUAACAUCAGUAAGUACAGGGUGGAUGGUUCCUGGGCCAAAUGGGAACCUUAUGGCCCCUGCUCCCGGACCUGUGGUGGAGGUGUGCAGUUGUCCCGUCGGGAAUGUAGCAACCCUGCUCCUGCCAAUGGAGGCAAAUACUGUGAGGGAGUGAGAGUCAAAUAUCGAUCCUGUAACCUGGAUCCAUGCCCCAGUUCAGUCUCUGGCAAGAGUUUCCGGGAGGAGCAGUGUGAAGCUUUCAACGGCUACAACCACAGCACCAAUCGGCUCACCCUCACCAUGGCCUGGGUGCCCAAGUACUCGGGCGUCUCCCCCCGGGACAAGUGCAAGCUCAUCUGUCGGGCCAGCGGCACUGGCUACUUCUACGUGCUUGCACCCAAGGUGGUAGAUGGCACCCCAUGUACUCCGGAUUCCACCUCAGUUUGUGUCCAGGGCAAAUGCAUCAAGGCAGGCUGUGAUGGGAACUUGGGUUCCAAGAAGAAAUUUGACAAAUGUGGAGUGUGUGGGGGAGAUAACAAGAGUUGUAAGAGGGUCACCGGACUCUUCACCAAACCUAUGCACGGCUAUAACUUUGUGGUGGCUAUUCCAGCGGGAGCCUCCAGCAUCGACAUCCGUCAGCGUGGGUACCAGGGCUUGAUCAAUGACGACAACUACUUGGCCCUGAAGAACGGGCAAGGCAAAUACCUGCUCAACGGGCACUUUGUGGUGUCCGCCGUGGAGCGGGACCUGAUGGUGAAAGGCAGCCUGGUCCGGUACAGUGGGACCAGCACGGCGGUCGAGCGGCUGCAGGCCUCCAGGCCCAUCCUGGAGCCCCUGACUGUGGAGGUCCUCUCCGUGGGCAAGAUGACCCCGCCUCGCAUCCGAUACUCCUUCUACCUGCCCAAGGAGCCCCGGGAGGACAAGUCCGCCUACCGCAAGGACGGCCGAGGGUCUUCGGUGCUCAACAACAGCGUCCUCAGCCUCUCCAACCAGGUGGAGCAGCCGGACAACAGGCCUUCAGCUCGGUGGGUGGUGGGCAGCUGGGGCAGCUGCUCUGUGAGCUGUGGGAACGGCCUGCAAAAACGUGUGGUGGACUGCCGGGGUUCCCCGGGGGCUCUGGCUGCUUCUGCCUGCGACACAGUCCAGCGGCCACCUGAGACCAGGCCCUGUGGGGAGCCCUGCCCGACGUGGGAGAUGGGGGCCUGGUCUCCCUGCUCCAAGAGCUGUGGCCGGGGAUUUAAGAGACGCCCCCUGAGGUGUCUGGGCCACGGCGGAAAGCUGCUGGCCAGGGACCAGUGUAACCUGCGUCGGAAACCCCAGGAGUUGGAUUUCUGCACCCUGAGACCAUGUUGAAUCGGGCUCUUUCUGCCACCCCCUCACUCUCCCCACCCUCACAUUAGGGCCAUCAGCGUUCUGGUCGGCUGGCACAGUGGGCACUGGCCAGGGGGUCACCUCAGGACCCGGCUCACAUCCAGGAGCUACGGACUAUUGGACAGGGGUGAGAGCUUCUCCUCACCCUCCCUCACUUGAGCAGAGUGGUACUAAACUCACAGUCUACCUCGUGCCAGGCUCCUCCAGUGCCCAGGUGCGGGGGAGAGAGGAGGGAGAACCUGAGAGGAGAGCAUGCUGGGCAUGGAAGGAUUGGAGCCCAGUUUAAAAAGAGACCUGGAGCAUGGGCAUCUCCAGGGCAGAACUUCAGGUACUGUGGCACUCCCUCAAAGGAGGCCGCAGGCUGCUGCAAGAGCCGAAGCUGGCAGCCUGGCACCCUCAGGGGGCCCUGAGGGCUCUUGCACCAUCUCUGAACAAUGCAGGUUUUCACGGUGCUUGCAACCCACUUUCCUUUUCUUUUAUGACUGAUAAUGGGAAAAAACAAAAAUCCAAACCCAACAAACUCAAAACUUUGAAGGAUAAGGGGAUCCUAAAGGAGUGGGGAAAAUGAUUAGGUAUCCCAAUGAUGAAGUCAUUUUCAUCAUGAGGGGAUGGGGAUGUAGAGGGAAUCUUCAGGGAAUCUCCCAACUUUCUGUUUUCCUUCAUGGUCCCCAAAACAUUCCCCUCCUGUCAACUCCAGGUUUAUAGAAUAUUGUAUUCAUUUGGGGCUGGGGGUUGGAGCUGGAGUGGGGAUGGGGAAUAAUCUUUAAGGAAUAGCCUCUAUAGUUUUGUAAGGAUGAAAAAUUCUUAAAAUUGAGAACAGUGUGAGAAUAUGGAAGUUGAGAAAGUCUAGAUUCCCCUAAAAGAAGGAUUGGGCCAAAAAAAAAAAUGAAAUCUGCUAUGGUAUACUGGAGACUGUGCCAGAGCCAAUGGCCAGUGUAAGGAAACUUAAGGGAUAAAUAAACUCCAGGCAGGGAGCUACUGGCACUGGGAUUGGAGGCUGGGGUACUUGCACCUCCAAGAUCUCUUUGCUUUAAGAUUCUUCUGGAUUUCACCAAGUAAGAGUGCCAUUCCCUCAGUGAAUGCCCCUUUCUCUCCAGUGGGGGCCGCAAAGGGAACCCAGCUCUGUUACCCCAAACUGCCCGCAAAAUGACUGGCCUCAUACCCCAGGAGAUGUCCCAGAGGAACGAUGGGGGCCGAGUGAUGAGUAUGGCGGUACUUCCCCUAUCUCUGACAUCAGGACUGCUGUGGGGCCUUUGAUGUGUUUGUUUGUCUCCCUGGAUGUUUCCCCACCUGUAAAACGGGGUUAAUUGUUUGCUACCUCAGGUUCUGCUUUCUGGGCAUCCUGUUUCCCUUUCUCCCACCUCCUCACCACAAUGCUCGCCGGACUAUCCCAGAGCCGAGGGCCCUUCUCGGAAGGUCAUGCUGAAGGUCAUCCACGAAGAUGAGUGGGUCUCUUUGGGGCAGUGUCACUGAGCGGGGCUCCCAAUUUUGAGACAGGAUCCCUCCUUUAUCCCAAUCCAGGUUUCCUUACGGGCCAAUAUCAUAAAGCUUGUAGUUUCCUCUAUGAUAGGAUUUCAUUGUUGACAGAUUCCUGAGAGGCUCUCUAACCCAACCUGAAUCUAAAACAUGCAUUUUUAAAUUAAAAUUUUUUAAACUUAAGAACAUUUGUAACCCCAAGGGAAGGCAUUUCAGCUAAAUUCAGGUGGCCCAGGUGACCUAUGCCAAGGGAAUAGAAAGCAUGCUUAUAUCCCAUGGGCCGCAGGGCCUUGAAGAGAGGGUUGGCUGUGAGUUAGGAAGAAGUCUGGUUGGAGGCUUUUCAUAAUAUAGCAUCCUCCUUCAGAAUAAAGAUACCCCAGCGCAGGUUCUGAGAUUUCCUCUGUCUGAGUCAUUAGAGUUGAAAUCCGGAUCCUAAAGGACAUCUGGAUUCCCCAAAAGGACAGAAGAAGGUGGAAUUCUAGAGAGAGAAUUUUGAUUCCUGCAACCAUUCAAUCAACUGUUAAAUAUUAAUUCUUUCCCUCUAGCUUCUUCUUAGGGCCUGAACUGAAGGGUAGAAAUCCUUUAGAAGUGGGGGAAAUAUAUGUGUCUACUGGUGAGAAAAAGCAGGGACCUUCUGUAGGGACGAGGACCACAACAAGAGCAGAGAUGGAGACUCAAAUGCAAAGCAGGGUAAUUCAUUUUUAGUGCAUCUCACUAGAAUUCAGUAUGGGGUGGGAUCUGUGAAGAAGAGAUGGAUGAGGGUGGGUGGCUAGUAGAGAUGCCUUCAAUGGGAUGACUAGCUUCCUUGAAGGAGAAUCUUUCUUAGCAUUUAUUUCAUGUGGGUCUUUAAAGAGGAACAUACCUUCUUGUUUGUGAAAUCAGGUCUAGAAGGAUUUUUUUUCCCUCCUGGUUUUUGGUAAUUUUUUUGUCUUCAUUAAAAAAAUAUGACUAAGGUAGCUUACUUGGAAGUUGCCCUUGACUAUGAACAUUCCACUAAUCAAACUAUGUCUUCAGGACUGAGCAGAGUUCAAACUUGAGGCAGAUUUUUGGAGGCUGGGAUGAGUUGGGGAGACAUCUCAGGUCUGGAUGACAAGAGACCCCUUGGGACCCCUUAAAAAACCAAACUUUUUUUCCAUUGGUUUGGGGACAAAUAGGAAUUGGGUUUAGCUUGUCCUUGUCUGCUUCCUGUGCACUGACUGUAGGAGCCUGACCCCAGCACUCACCUUACUGACCUUGUGCUGUGGGACGGGUGAGCGGGCAAGGGGGCAUCCUGAGGGGCUGGUUCUGUUUCCUGCACCUGACGCUCCCCCAAAAUACCAGAACUUGUUGCUGUUACUCGUGGAGUUUGUUUUUUGUUUUUGUUUUCUUCCCUUAUUGGGGGGGGGUAUGUGUGUGUGUUUGUGUGUGUGUGUAAGUUUGGUUCGUUUACGCCCUGCGUACUGCAGAAGGACAGCAGACCCUAGGUACUGGCUGGGCUAUGUAUACUGUGUAUACCUGGGAGCUGGCUAAUGAGUUGUGAACAGCCGCUCCUAAUAAAGUUGUAAGGAUUUAAAAUCUUC